GUUUCUCCUAGCGCCAUCUGGAGGGAGAAAAGGAAAAAAGAAUAUUGUUCAUUUGUUGUCAUAUUUAAUAUUUGUUUGUUUAUGAGAUAUUUCUAUUGAGGAUUAUUGUUUAAUGUGACAUUUUCUUUCUCAUUUAUACGAAACACGUGACAACUUAAUCUCAAACUCUAAUAAUAUUGUAUUAGUGGCCUAUCGUGUGUGAGUAGAAGUCAAGCUCCCUUACCCGACUUGUGAUAAUUAGGCCUAGCGAUAUAGAUGUCCGUAUUUCAUCUCCACUCAGUUAGUUGACUGUUAGAUAUAUGUGAAUAUUAUACAGCACUCAGGAUCUACAAACGAUUGGAUUUAAUUCAGACCACUCGAUUUGAUUACCGUUAAACUUAGUUGUAGGUGGAAACAGUGACAACUGUCCCAGGUUAUAAGUUUACUGACACUUGGUUAUGGCUAACAACAAGGACAUACUGCUGUCAGAACUUGACCAGGUGAAGCAGAAAGCUCCACACAUUGAAGGGGUCACCUUAGAAGCAUGUCUACCAGAGAUUGUCAGAGUUCAUAUUUAUGUAGAUGACAUGAGACAGAUGACAGCUGUGAUGCAGUUUCUGGAGAACUAUCCCACUGAUGCCCUGGUGGUUGAACUGAAGAGUAAAACGUUAACAGAAAAACUACUGGAUGGGGUCGUCAAGGUCUGCGACAUAGAGGCACGCAAAUACACAGGGCAGAAACAGGUUAUACUGAUCAUCAACUUUCUAAAGCAAUUCCUGAUCGACCAUCCCCUGUGUAUCGUGAAUGAUGAAGUGGGCAAGGUGAAGAAGGAGCUCCUGUCGGACGAGGACAGGUGUAAACUGAUGCAGUCGACCUCACAGAUUUUGCUGAAGGUCAAGGAGGAGGAAUACCACAUGAGCUUUAAAAUCUCAGUUCCCCCAGACUAUCCAAACAAACAAGUGCAAAUAGAAAUGUCAGAAAACAACUUUCCUGAUUUACUGAAGUCAAACUUCGUGGGUCAAGCAGUAGAAAUAGCCAGACAGUGUGUGCAACCUCCACUCAAAAAGAAACCCAAGGAGCCUCCAUUUGAACCCAAGCCAUCAUUAUACCCAGUUUGUGAACACCUAAUUCAGCAGUGCGUCAAGAGAUACGCGAGAGAGAACUGUCCACUGUGUGACGACAGAGUCCUUCCCAGGGAUCCAUCAGAAUUAACCAAGUUAGAUAAGAAGAAAAGAAUAGAACGAGUUUACUGCGGCCAUCUGUUUCAUUAUUUCUGUUUAUAUAAAUUCAUGAAAACACCUCCUUUUGCAGCUGGAAAAUUCUGUCCAAAUUGUGGUCAACAGAUUUUCCACGACAAAUUCAAGGUUUCAGCGGAAUUAGCGGAAGCGCGAUGGGCUCACAAACAGGCCAGACAGCGAGAACUAGCUGAAGUUGUGGACUUUCUAGAAUGAAAUUUGUAGACUUUAGGCAAUAUUUAAUGAAUUAAAUGUGAUAUUUUUUAAUUAAGUCAUUUUUAGAUUUCAUACAUUAAGGUUCUGAUACUGUGUAUGUACUUAUGAUAACACAUUCAGAAGGACCGGGAAUGACUACAUCCAUAUUCUGCCCAUACAGCUUACAUUCAAACAUUCGUUGAUUUAUCUGAAAUGGCCUACAUUUUUCAUAACGCUAUGUGAGUUAUUUCCUCCUGAUUACAGAGGGCGUGCAGCAAAUUGCGGUCCUCAGUUGACGGUGCCAUAUUUAAAAUUUACUAUUUUUGAUUGCUAUCAAUUGCCAGUUUAGCAAUUUUUCUAAGAAUUAAGUGUAAUGACUUAAAAAUAGUAUAAUUAAACAAAAUAUUUUAGCCACUAAUUACAUUAAUAUGUGUCCCUUGUGUGGUUUUCUCACAAGCAAUGCAUGGUUAUGAUGUAACAGUCACUAAAGUAUGUAAAUAUUACCUAGUCCUCGAUUUCUUUAGAUCAGAAUCAUGAUGUCCUUAGUAUAUCAGCAAUUCUUCAUUAUUGAUUUUUAUCAAUAUUUUCGACAACCAAAACACAAAAAAACAUGCAAUACAAUAUGCUUUAAAACACACGUAAAACCAACACAUACCAGUACAUGUACGUUACCAAUUUAUCAUUUCACACUGAACAAAACUAUUUGUUGCUAAAUGUACACUAGGUGCCAAUAAAUAAAGCAUGUUAAUCAUCUCGAAUUCGUAUGUCUAGUGUAAUAUUUUUGUUAAAAUAUUUUUUCGUGUGUGAUUCAAUCUUUUGAAAGUUAAAUUUUGUGUACAUCAACUUACACCUCUUCUUGCACUUCAAUUACUCAAAUGAGCACAAAAACAAUCAUCAGGCUCCUAGCAACAAUGGGUCUGCCUCCUCUUAUUAUUACAUACAAACUUGGUUAUUUUUACGUGCAGAGAUUGAUAUACUAAAGACUUUGGUAAUCUAAACUUUACAAUACACUAUUUGUUAAUACCAUAUAUGUGAAGUUUUGGACUGCAAUCAUAAGCGCGCCCCCAACUUCCGGUGUAAGGGGAGUAACUGCAAAAAUGUAGGCCAUUCAGAAACUUUCAUAGAAGACUUGCUAUAGAUAUAUUUAUUAUAAGUACAACCAGUACUUCUGUGUUUUUAUGCAUAAUUACUUAUAAGAGCUUAUAUGUAUCCAGAUUUAUUUUUUUUUUUUGAAUGCUUGGCUUUAAAGCUUUAAGAGAAAUUUUCAAAGUCAGUACUGAUGUACAUAAACAUAAGAAUUAUUCAGAAAUUAUUACUCUCAGACACUAGUCUUAUACCUUUGACAACUAAUUCAAAAUAUCACGCACUACAUUGACUGGAAUCAUGUAAAUUAAUAUGGUGGAGGAGGGGGGGCAAGUUUUAUGGAUUUCCAAGAUUUUUUACCGUUUUUUUUGGGGGGGGGGGUUGUUAAUUUCGUGGAUAUGAUUUCCAUACAAUGGCAGAGUAUUUUAACAUUUCAUUGAGUUUAAAUAUUAAUUGGCAUGCACGGAAUCCAUAAAAAUGGAGCCCACCCCCACCCCACCCCACCCCCAAAUUCACUCAUUCCACAGUACUACAGCACCAUGUAUAAGUGGGACUGAGUGAAAUUCUAGUGAGUACUUCAUGUAUAAGUGGGACUGAGUGAAAUUCUAGUGAGUACUUCAUGUAUAUGUGGGACUGAGUGAAAUUCUAGUGAGUACUUCAUGUAUAUGUGGGACUGAGUGAAAUUCUAGUGAGUACUUCAUGUAUAAGUGGGACUGAGUGAAAUUCUAGUGAGUACAUCAUGUAUAUGUGGAACUGAGUGAAAUUCUAGUGAGUACUUCAUGUAUAUGUGGUAAAAUUUUCGAUACCUGCAUUAAGAUCCAGGCUGUAUAGUUUCUGUUUAUAGUUUGGGUUUUUGCUAAAAUAUCAUUUUGACUUUCAAACAGAAAUAUGAACUGCCAAAAUAUCAUAUUUCUUGUUUAUUUUUCUAUCCACAGUUUUAUUUACAUUUAGUAUGUGCAUUGAAUUGGUGCACAGAAACCAUGUGCUGAUCUGAUAUACAACAGAACAUGGUAUGGAUGAAAACCCUGUUUACCAAAAAUUUACAAAAAAUCUAAUGCUGAUAAGUUUUCCACAAAUUCAUUCAGGGUGUGCUUUAAAAAUGUCAUACAGGUAUGAGACAUUUUCUGAAUUGAAAGUGAAAGCCAGAGGUUGAGAUUGUGAAUUAUUCAAAUGAACUGAAAAGAUCUUGUGUAUGAAGAUUAUUUCUGUUUAUAGGUGCUAAGAAACUAUUGUAUAUUUCGUACUUUGUGUUGUCAGGAAAGGAGGUUGACACUUACAAAUGUAUGUAUCACUUUGCAUAUAUAUUUUCUAUAUCCAUUUUUUCUGUCUCCAUUUGUCUCUCUAUCCAUUUUGUCUGUCUAUCCAUUUGUCCAUCUAUUCAUUGUCUGUCAAUCCAUUUGUCUGUCUAUCCAUUUGUCUGUCUAUCCAUUUUGUCCAGCUAUUCAUCACUUUUAUAACUUCACUAAAGGCAACACAACACAGGACAUCUUGCUGAAUCUCGUGGACUAGAUAUGGAAUACUUACACAUUUAACAAAAUAAAUGCUUAUGUGAGAAAAAGUUUUAGGUUCAAUGCAGAAUGUGGAUUGUUAGACUGUCUUGUAUUUUAAGUUUUAAAGCUCUGUUUUUUAUUUUAUUUCAGUGUACAAGAUUUUAUAGAAUCUCGGUUAAUUAGUAAAUUAUUUGAGACUGUAGCCGACUUUAUUCACAUACUUGUAAAUUCAUUUCCAAAUAGUGUAGUCACAGUUUGUGCUUUAGAGUCAUGUUUGACAGGCUUUUAUAUUUCAAUGAGCUUUGAAAUAUAUAAUUUGUUUUAUAUGUGAGAGAGAGAUAGAAAGAAUGUCGUGUUGAAACCUUAGAAAUGUUAAAGUUCAUCUAUUUGAUGAACUGUCAAAUUAAAAUGUAAUAAUACUGUCAGCAUUAGUGUUAUUCCUGUACAGGGAUUCUUAUUUUUGUACACAAUUCAGUGACGAUAUACCGUAUUGAUGAUUGAAAUGAUGUCUGUCCUGAAUGCCAUUAUGUGAACUCAGUUGCCGUAUUGAACAACAAAUAGUUUGUACUUAUUAACGACAUUUGCUUCAAACAAUCCUUUUUCAAAGAUGAUGAAAAGGAAAACUAAAUUUAUGUUUUUUGUAAGUAAAAUUAAUACAAUUAA